AUGGCUUUGAACUUAUCAAUUGUUCUAUCAGGUUUGAGUUUUUUCCUCAGGAUUCAUUUACAACCUAUUGCUUUGCAACCAAGGGGUGGCUCCGGCACGGUGGGAGUGAACUACGGGUUAAACGGCGACAAUCUUCCGAUACCAAGUGAUGUGAUAAACUUAUACGGACGAUGUGGGAUAAAUAUCAUACGGAUAUUUGAGCCGAACCAUGGGGUUCUUGAUGCUUUGAAAGGUCAGGCAAAUUUAGUGUUGUGGCUAGGGACGAGAAAUGAAGACAUAGAGGGGUUUGCUACGGACCAAGUAGCGGCUAAUGCUUGGGUUAAUGCUAAUGUGGUUCCUUAUUAUAAGGAUGUCAACAUUGCUUAUAUCACCGUUGGCAAUGAGGUUGUCCCUGCCGAUGCAGCUGCACCAUUUGUUGCUAAUGCCAUUACAAAUAUAAUGCAAGCGCUUGUCAAUGCCGGCAUCCAAAGUGACAUUAAGGUGACGACAGUAGUAGCCAUGACAGCGUUGGAAGUGUCGUACCCACCUUCAGCCGGAGCCUUCACAGCCACCGCUGCUGGAGUAAUGAAAGACAUCGCAAACGUGUUGGGAUCUUCGGGUGCACCGAUAUUGGUGAAUGUGUACCCAUAUUUCGCAUACGCAUCAAAUCCUGAGCAAAUCUCUCUCAAUUAUGCACUCUUCACAUCCAGCACCCCCGUCGUGGUGGACGGAGAUUUACAUUACUUCAAUCUAUUCGACGCCAUGGUGGAUUCAUUCUAUGCGGCGUUGGAGAAGAUUGAUGCCGGGGGCGUGGGAAUCGCGAUCUCGGAGACUGGGUGGCCCACCGAUGGAAAUGAGCCGUUCACGAGCGUUGACAAUGCAUUGACUUAUAACAAAAACUUUGUGAAACAUGUGACCAGUGGAGUUGGAACCCCCAAAAGACCCAAUGUCUUUUAUGAUGCCAUUUUGUUCGAAAUGUUCAAUGAGGAUCUUAAGGCGCCUGGAGUUGAGCAGAAUUUUGGCUUUUUUUAUCCCAAUAUGAACCCAGUUUAUCCUUUUUGGAAUUGUUGA